CUGGGGCACAGUAAUCGAAAUGGUUCGCACCGAACAAAAGAUGCAAAACAUAGGCUCAGCGUGGUCUGUCACUCACCAGGCACGCCAUUACCAGUUGUAUGAGAACCGGACGAACGUAACAGCUGCGAUCCACCCGAGGAAGGAACUGAGCACCUAAAAGAGAUCAGUUCGUCGAUCGGAGUUCUAUUUUCCGUUGGGAAUUGCGAUCUCUCUCUUUCUUCAACAAUUCAUAAUUAGGUUUCUGAUUCCAGUUUCCGAAUCUACGGCCUGAAGAUGUGGUGAUAAGCGUCCAGGGUCUACAGUUGAGGUCCAAGAUCGGGGUAUUGCGCGAUGUUCGUGAGCCGGCCGGCGGUUCACCCGGUGGAAGCGCCACCAUUGACGGAUGGCGCCGACAAUCCGCCGAGAGCCAGGAUGAAGGACGUACAGGGCAUGCCUGGCACUUCUGGGGGCCUUGGCCUGCGCUUCUUCCAGUUCGCGUUCGCCCUUUUCUCUCUUUGUGUCAUGGCUACCACAAUCGAUUUUCCAUCUGUCACGGCUUUCAGCUACCUUGUUGGUGCUGUUGGUUUGCAAUGCUUGUGGAGCUUCAUGCUAGCAGUGCUCGAUGCAUAUUGCCUCUUAGUGAGACGAAGCCUGCGCAAAUCCACAGUUGUUUGUUUGUUCACCAUUGGUGAUGGGGUGACAUCCACUCUCACCUUCGCUGCUGCAUGUGCGUCCGCGGGCAUCACAGUUCUUAUUGGGAAUGAUUUGGACAAAUGUGCAGUGAACCACUGCAUGAGGUUUGAGACUGCAACAGCUAUGGCUUUCCUUAGCUGGUUUGCCGCCUUGCCUUCCUUUCUCUUGAAUUUUUGGUCUCUGGCUUCCCAAUAGGAGAAUGUGGAUAGGAAAAUGUGGGCAUAGAGAAUGCAUAAUCAGCUAAUGGAUUUGUAUUUCUGUUGCUUCCGUUGGCUAUUUUCUGUGAUGCAUGGACAGUGGAUAAUUUGAUUGACCAAGAUCUGUAUAUAGGGAAAAUUUUGCUGCAAGGGUUUGUUGUCUUUGUGGUAUAAUUAAUUUCGUAAGAAAUGUAUACAGCACGAGUUGGUAA